UACUUUUUAUUUUGGUAAAAAUUGAACAAAGCAACUUGAAGUUUUCCUUUCUACUAAGUUCCCAGUUAGUGCUUGAGCGAGAAUAUCUACAUAUUAAUAUCACAUUUGGAGUACUAUUAUAACUGAUACAAAUAAACAAAUCGUUUUAAAGCUUGCAAUUCUUUACAAAUGCGCAUUACAAACUUUAUAUAUUUUCUUUCACGAAAAUUUGUGUAAGUAGUUUUGUAACCAACGGAGACAACUAUAGAGGCACCGUUGUCCGGAAACAGCUGUUUGUCGAGUAUGUUUCUUUGAACGUAGUAGGCGAGGGAACGAGAUAGUACGAUUCUAAGAGCAGUGCAACACUAAAAGAAACUGGUAAAAAAUUUCCCAAAACAAAAGCGCGCGAAAGAGGGGAAAAUUGCGCGCUAAUUACCACUACUCAUAUAACAAGUUGAACAAAAUUAAAUCCAUCAUAAAACUUAAAACAAUACAGUUGUGAUCAUUUAAUUAGGAGAAUACAAAUCUACAUUUUACUUACGACUUCAAUGAGAUCGCGUGCUCACACAUACAUAAAUACAUCACAUGCACACAGAAUACAAAGAGAUGUUGUGUGGUAUUGAAGAAUUUCUUUGAGCGUUUUGGAGGGAAAAUGCGUGUCAGUCGAAAUUUGAGCGGGACAAAGAAUAGACGUAUGAGUUGACUGUGCGUUGCAGACCAUUUAUAAAAAAUACGUGCGCUUUGUGAAAUUAGAAAAAAAUAAUUACAAGGAUAAUAAAUAUUAAUACAAAGCAUCUAACACCUAAUUAAUUAUAUUAUAAAAUGUCGCAACCUUCGAUAGCUUCAUAUUUUAAUACGCGUAAGCGAGUCGCGACAGACGAAGCAGCUACCAUAAAAAGUCGGCGUUUAACCGACGACAAUGCAAUAACUUCCCUUCCACCUGGUCCCAGUGCUACGAUAAAUGAAAGUGAUGGCGACGAUAUUGCCGCCAUUAAGGCUGCUGCCUUGGGCAUACGGACGCGAUCCGGCCGCACUAUCAAGCGUACACUAUCCGGUACCCAAUCAUCCACCGAAGUGGUUAAGAAACAGAGUAAACUGGAACAAGCUCCGCUGCAACAACAAAAACUUGUGCAGUUCAUUAAAAAGGGUCCGAUGUCGCCACGUAAGAAACCAACGGCGAUUAAUGAGAUGCAGAAGAAAAAUGAACAAACGCCCAGUGCCACCAUAGAAACAAAACUUAUCAAUGCCUUCUCUUCGAAAGACAAUGUAACGAAUGUGUUACGCGGCCUUAAAACUCCAACUAAGCAAAUAAUCAAGGGCUCUGGGGAAACACCAUUGAAGCAUGAUGAAUUGAAGGGUCUAGUGCGCAAGGAACUCAAUUUCGAUGAAGUAAAGACCAAAUUGUCACGCAGCGCUAAACUGCAGCAAUUAAAGGCUUCCCUAUCGCGCAUACAAGAGCUUGAAAAGACACGCAAGGCCCAUGAAGAUCGCAAUCGUCGAUUGCGCGAGGGACAAACCGUAUCUCCGCUGAAGCAAACGGCGCCUAUUGUGCAGCUUAAAGAAUUCGAUAAAAUUGAAUUGGAAGUAUUGACUAGCCCCGCAAAGACAUUUAAAACACCCACUAAAAUACCGCCACCCACACCAGACAAAAAUGAACUUAUGUCACCACGCCACACAGAUGUUUCGAAACGUCUUCUCUUCAGCCCGGCCAAAAAGGGCUCUCCUUCCAAACUGGUGGUGCCUCCUGCGUAUCAACGUUUUAUGAGCCUUGCCGAAUCAAGUAAAGCUGGUCAACUGCUAUUGCCUUUUAAAUAUCGUCAUCUUAUUGAGAUUUUCAAGGGUGUGGACUCCGUUUGUGCCAUGUUCCAUAAUCGCAAGGAGUGCAUAACAUUCAAAAAAUUGAAACCCGCUGUUCAACGGAUGAUACGGAAGAAUUUCACUGAAACACAUUUGGCACAAAUUAAAAGUGUGUAUCCUGAUGCAUUCAUAUUUUCACAAAUGAAAAUGCGCAACUAUGGCUCCACUUCGAAGGCAGACUAUUUCCAAUUGGUCAUUUGUCCCAAUGUCGAAGGCACCGCAGUGGAUAAAGUAAAACCCUAUAAUAUUGAGGAAGAUGUUGCCGAUAAUAUAUUGAACGCUGCUCAAACGUGUACGAUGAAUCCUCAAGUGAUGACCGAGCGUUUACAACGCUUUACAAACACUUUACUGCAACGCGUUCUAGAUGAACAUGAAAAGUUUUUGCUUACACUCGAUCCACCAAUUAACAUUCCAAAGUCGAAAGUGACGCGUUGGCAUCCAGAUUUCGAUUUGGAGAAUUGUUCAGAGAUUGAAUGCGCUCACCUACCGCAACCACCGAAUGUGGAAAAAUACUCUUCGGCACGCGAUAUAUUGUCUACAGCGCGUAAUCUUUUUAAUUGUGCCACGCCAAUGGAGCGUGCAUUAGAACGCUACGAAGCCAAGUUGAAAGCAACACGCGUAGCAGAAGAGAAGGCAAAUAAUGAAACCAAAAUUGCGUCAGUGGCAAUUGAAAAAGUGGAAAUCGGCAGUAAAGAUGUGGUCUCAACACCAGUUAAAAGUGUCACUUCAGCCACAGUGACGACUGUCGCAUCAGCAUUGCCAGAAACUCCAGUGACAACUGCAACUGCCGCUUCCGCAAACACAACUGGCACUAGUGACGCUAUGUCUAAUUUAUUGAAAGGUGUGCCAAAAUCUUUGUUGGAAAAAAUACGCGCUAAGCAAGCAGCAAAGGCGUUAGACGCUAUGACAAGGCGGCCAUCACAGGACCAAGAAGCCACUAUGUAUUCACGUCUGCCCGAAUUAGCACGUCAUUUGCGAAACGUUUUCAUUACCGAACGCAAGGGCGUGCUUAUGUUGGAUAUUGUGAUCAAAAAGAUACAGAAUAGUUACCGGGCAUGUCUGACGGCACAGGAAAUUGAAUCGCACUUGAAGCUUAUGGCCAAAGAGGUACCAGCUUGGGUAUCCUUCCAUGAGGUGCGCAAGUCAAUGUACCUUAAAAUAGUGCGUGAAAUGGAAUUGAAAAAAGUGAUUGCUCAGUUGGAAAAAGUAGCAAAUGGAAAGAGCAAAUAAUUCACCAAGGCGAAUCUAUUAAAGGCGGUGUUGGUAAAUCAGCUGAUUUGUUUUUGUUUUUUUCUUACGCUGUGUUCAUGUGGCUGUCAACACAGAAUGAAACAAGGCGAAUUAAUUUGUUGUUUUCUACUUCGUCAAUACUUUGCCGUGACAAUCAAACGUACAAAACAUUGUUGUUGGUCUAGUGCCACCGCCUUUAAUAAAUGCGCCUUGUAAUUUACAGUGAAACUAUCUAAUUUUUGGAUACGCGUAGGUUUAUAAUUUUUGAGUUUAUGAAUCUAGUUGGACAAAUGUCAUUAAGCAAAUAUUAUUUUGUUAUGAAUAUUUUUAAAAGGUUUUUGCUAGUUUACUUUAAGUAAAAAAUGUGGCCUAUAUUUGAAUGCCACAAAUAAUGCCCCCCAAUUUCGUUUACGGACAAAACUUCGUCAAUGUUUAUUAAAGUUUAGAUUGAACUGAAGGUUUUUUUUUUUUUUUGGUGAGAUUCGCCUAUAUUUCUUUGUCACACAAUUAAUCUUAAGAAAUAAUGUUCAGUAGGUAAUGCUUAUGAUUAUGCCGUUUCUUAUAAUAUGUGUCUAGUGGACUGGCCUUAGAGUUAUCGAUGCAACAUUUUGCUUUCUAUUUUUAGUACGUGACGUGCUUUUGAUUUGUGCAUUUCUUUUGAAAUUAUAUAAGUUAGACAUUACGAUAUAUUUAUUUUCGGCUAUUAUCGGAAAAUAACUUAAGAGACAGUUACAUAUUUCAGCGACAUGACUCGGGGCAACAAACCGGCUUUCCAUUCUAUAUGCUCCGUUCUUAAUUCCUAGAGUUAUAGGUACUACCAUUAUACCCUUGACUAUUUUGUCCGGGAUUUAGAUAAUUUCCUGUACUAAAAACCAAAAAAAAAAAAAAUAUAAAUAUUAAUAAAAAUAUACUUUAUAUAAAACUAGCAUCACCCAGUGGGCUUCGCACCACCAUACAUAAAAUGUUUUUUUUAUAUCGCAAGAAAUUUUUCAUAUUAAGUUUUCUUUAUAGAACUCGUAAAAUGUUUAAACAGUUUAAUUAGUUGAUUUUUUUUCAUUCAACAUACUUUCUAAAGAUGUCACAAUAGCCUUUUCUGUACUUUUUAAAAUUUGAUUGUGGUGGUCACCUAUAUACAGGUAAGGUGAAAGAGCCGAUAAAAACUUGUAAUUAAACUUUGAUUCUUUAAUUUCCAUUUCAAUUUUUUACGCUAAAUAAAUUAUGCUGAAAUAAAUAAAGUUAAAAAUGUUUUUCCAAGGGCUCCUGGAGCAUUCAAUUUUUUAUUAUAUUUUCGUCCAAAAUGACUUGCAAUUCGAUAAAAGCAUCAUUGAUUAUUGCGUCACGCAAAUGUAUGUAUUCCUCUGAUCUCAAUCGGGCUUGACUAUGACGGAUGAAAUUGAAUAGCUCACUUUCAAUUUUGUCGUACAUAUCGACGAUAUAUUGAUGAGAAAGUUGAUUGCAUCGCAAAAUAAAAUUGUUUUCUUGAGGGCGAAUCAUCAAUCGAUACGAAUAAAAAUUCAUCGCACUGACGGUUUUCGUUGAUUUUUGACCUGCAAUGCAAAAAUUAAUUAGCGUAUGAAAAUUAUUUAAAAAUCAUAUUUCAACAAAAAUAAAAUGUGUAUGUACCAGUUGUUGGAUUUAUCAUUGGUAUGUUGAUAUGAUAGGGGACGACCUCUCCAAAACAAAAUGGGGUAUUGCAAUGCAUCAUAACAGCGAUGGAGUUCUGAAAUACGUUGUAAUUGCUCAUUUCUACGAUACAAAACAAUAUCUCGUGACCGAAACUGUUCACCAACCACAACAAUGGCUACUUCAUCAAUCGUUGCUACAUUGAAUCGUCUGGCGUGCUCCCCAAUUGGUGUUUUAUCGGCUUUUAUUAUGAUUUUGUGGCCAUCGGUGGGCAUCAGAUCGAGUGCCACUUUGAACAAUUUCACCAAUUCAUUGUGUUGAUGGAACAUUAUUUGCAAUUCAUUCACGAUUGAUCUUCUCGUAUUCGUCGAAAUUGCACAGCGCUGAUCUAAUUCACGAUUCUUAUCACCAAUAAAAUAUAUUUGCAAAAACUGAAUUCCAACGACAGCAAAUUAAUAUUAACAUAAACACUUACAACCACAACAGUACAACAGAAACGCUCAUAAGCAUAAAAUGUCAUAACUCAGGAACGGCUGCACCGAUUUCAAUCAAACUUCACACAAACCACCUCCUCAAAGAUAGAAAAGAACUCUAAAAUUUGUGUGUCAAUCGGUUUGGCGGCUCUUGAGUUAUAAGAUUACCAAGGAAAUGUAACUUCUUUUUAUAUAUAUAGAUUUGAGUAAUAAAGAAAAAUAUUUUGUUUGUCCGAAUUACUUAGCUUAAGCUCUUUGUUUUCUGUAUGAUAUACAAAUGUACUGUUUAAAGUGAAAAUUUUUAAAUUUGCAUUCAUUGAAAAUAUUAGUCAAGUGAGAUUUUUGUUAUUUAGUAUUUUUAUUAAUGAUUUCCUCGUAUUGAUAUAUAAAAUAUAAUAUUUCAUAAGCAUUACACUUAAGGUGACACUGUAUUAGUUAAUUAGUUUGUAUGUGCAUUUUGGACAAUGCAAUUGCAAUUUCCUCAGAGAACUACAACAUUCAUUCAAUCACGCAUCACUUCACUUAAUAUUCAUUUAAUUUAAAUGACCAGUAACUCUUGUUUAAAAUAUUCGCAUUAACCGUUUAUAAAUAUGAUAUAUUUUAUGGAAAGUAAAUAAAAAUGAUUGACAAAUGGC